ACAGAUUUUCCCAGAGAGUCAGAGAGGGAGCAUUGAUCGGGAUUAGGGCUCGUGCUGCAGGCUGAACGGGAUUACAGAGCGCAUCGCGGCGCAGUCCCCUGUGCUGUGCGCUCUGACAUGGACUUGUACGCACGGCAUUUGUCCGUCUGCCUGAACUGUUAAGCAUCUGCGACCUGUUACCCACACCCUGCAAUCCCGCUGAUCCCGGUGAGAUACACGCUAUAUGGAAACAUGGCCGACGUCCCUCAGCUAGUCAAAAUCGGUGUUGCUUUGAAGAUGCUGCCCAACAACACCGCGGUGUACUUCAAGUCCGAUGGAGCCAGGUUUGGACAGACCCGGACCAUCAAGCUGCUGACCGGAUCUAAAUACAAAAUCGAGGUGGUUGUCAAACCGGGAGCGGUGGAGGCCACAUCGAUGAGUGUGGGUGGGAUUACCUUUCCUCUGGAGCAGAAAUCUAAAGACCCUCAGUCAGUUGUCUAUACAGGCCAGUAUGACACAGAAGGGGUGACACACACUAAGAGUGGAGAGAGGCAGCCAGUUCAAAUCAACAUCCAGUUCACAGAAGCGGGGUCAUUUGAAACUGUAUGGCAGGUGAAGUACUACAACUACAACAAGAGGGACCACUGCCAAUGGGGAAACAGCUUCAACAGCAUCGAGUACGAGUGCAAACCCAAUGAUACGCGCACACUCAUGUGGAUCAACAAGGAAAUGUUUGUCUGAUGGAGGAACAGCCUGAAGUACUCAGUGUGUACUCUGCAAUAACACACUGUUUCCUAUCAGCAGUGAGUCAUGGUAAACUGUAGACAUGUUUUAAUGUUUCCUGUUGUUCUCUGUAUUUGCCCUCUUAACGAUAUCUGCCGUCAGUCCACUCCACGUAACCUUUAUUUUGGGUUUCCGUAGUGUUUCACUCUACAAAUAUCUACCAUUAUCAAAAAAUAUAUUGUUUUUAGGAGACAAAUUUUACCUUUUCUUUUCUUUGGUGAAAAUAAAUGCACCAGAUUUGCAGCAAGACGUCACAUUGGUUUCCUUUGAGACUGGUGAUGCUACUCGUGUCAAAAUUAUGACAUAUUCAAUCCAGAUUUCAUUUGAAAUUGUAAGAGUUGGAAAAAUGGACACUUUAUGGUAAAUAUUUUUGAAGUACAGUUUGGUGGUCGCGCCUUGUAACCCAUGGGAGUGUCCAUAGUUUUGUGUCCAGUGAUGUGUGAUUGUGAGUGCACAUGUGCUUGUGUUUUCAGUUAACAGUGUGUCUGUAUGCUUUACAUAAUGGUGCUUGCACAAUGUAUUUAUAUGCUCUGAAGAAUCAGGUAAAGACUUUCAUUUUCAAAUGACCAUAGAACAUUUACAAAGAUUUAAGCCACAGCAAUGCUCAGAAAACCAUCACCAGCAUGAGUUCUAAAAGUCCCUGCCAUGUGGAAAAUAACAUCUUGUGUCUUAUUCAAGUCCAGUGUCCUUGCCAUGAUCUCUACGGGCUCUAAUCAUAAAAGUAUGGUUAUAUUAUCAAAGUAUGCAAGAGGAAGAUAACAUGCCCAAAUGAUAAUAAAAUAUAACUCAAUACUUGUUCAUUAGUUACCGGAAUAAGUGCAGUUACUUGAACACAGAGUGUAAAACAGCACAACUCCCAGCCUAUUUUGGAGCUGGUCUUUAUUUAAUGAACUAUAUCUGUAUCACUGAGAAGAUAGCACUUCCUGAAACAUUUGUUUUCAAAGCAUGUUUCAGGCCUUGUCUUUUACAGUGACAGUGCAGUGCAAAGCUUCUGUGUCAGCAGCUCUAAUCCAUGAAAUUACCCAUAAUCCUGUUGUGAAGCCUAAGUGAGCCUACACCACUGCCUGCUCCUGGAUUAAUAAAAAGGGGCACAUAUGUGUUGUAAUGGAACUCUCAAAGUAUUAUACUGUGGUACCAUUUUGUGUACAGUACUAUGCAGUUUUGGAAGUAGAGAUUUUGUAUUGCAGUGAAGUUGUUUCCCUAUUUACAGUGUGUUUGUUUUCUCUACCUCUUCUAAAGGACCUAUCCAUAAGUAUUAGUGUUUAUUACAGAGGAAUGUUUGGAAUAUUUAUAACUUAAAUACAAAAUGUUGUUUUCUAUUUAUUGUGGUAUUUAACAUAAUGUUAGUAUCAGUAAAAUAUUUUUGUACGGUGAACCAUUAAAGUUUUUAUUAUCAUUAUUGUCUGUAUUUUUGGUAGAACUGAAUUCAAAGUAUUUUCUUUAAACUACUGAAAUGACCUAUGCAAUAAAUCAGUACAAUAUAAGAAAUGGUGCAAUGUAAUGCUUAAAGGUACACACAUUCUGACCUUUUUGUGAACUUGUUGUUUGUUAAUAAAGCCACUGGUAUUAACAA